UCGCCCCGAGAAAAUGUCAUUUGUUACCCCUAAACGAGCAAUUUUUCGAUUUUGCCAAACUUUAGAGGAUCAUAACUUUGUGCUCCGCAAUCCGAAUGUCAAAAGUUUUUUUUUUAUUUUGCAUAAUUUUUUGAGUACUAAAACAUUUACUAGGAAUACAUUUUCAAAAUAGGAAUAGUUUUUAAUAUAAGGGAUUUUGGAAGUAACUUUAACUUUAUUUUUCAUAUUUUCACAUAUAUUCUGAAAAUAUAUAAACUAUCAAAGUUGUAGUCCUCGAAAAAUUAUGCGAAAUGAAAAAAAAGUUUGCUACGAUCGGAUAACCGAGCACAAAGUUAAGGUUGUUGGAAAUUUCAAAGGAGUCGAUCUACGACUAGAUCGAGUCUCCUACACUCGAACCGGUUAGUAGUUCCAAUUCCUCAAACUCGAACCACUCCAAACUUAGGUAUUUUGGAAAAAAAAAUUAUAAGUAUGAUAAUUUAGAAAUUUAUUUUACUUUUAUUUGUAUUUAGGGAAUUAUCAGAAAUUGCAACAGGAAAAAAAGUGCAACGUUAAAAUACAGGGCCGAGAGUGACUGAUAGGGAAGCAAGCCGGCAAAUUCCCUCCUCUCCUUAUAGAUGUUCCCGAAGCUCCCUCCUCCAGUUCUCUCCUAGCUAAUUCGAUCCUCUCGUUCAGUCCCAAGCUACAACUAGAAACCCAGAAAAAACCCACAACAUAAAAACAACAAUUCUCCUCUCACACGCAUUACGUCGAACACCAUAGCUGCAAUAUGGAUCCCUGCCCAUUCGUCCGCCUAAUCAUCGAAUCACUAGCCCUCAAGCUCCCCUUUGCCACCAAGCCCGCCGGCUCCGGCGUCCACCCCACCGCCACCCCCUGCUUCUGCGUCCUCAAAAUCAAGGGCUUCCCCACCCAAACCGCUCUCCUGCCCCUCUGCUCCUCCUCCAAUUCUUCAUCCCACGACGACUCCUCCGGCCCCGACACCGCCACCUCCGCGCCCGGGUUCCACCUCGACGCCGCCACCCUCCGCCGCGUCUCGGGAAAGCCGGUUUCCCUCCGGGUCUCGGUCUACACCGGCGGGAUGGGCCGGACCUGCGGGGUCAGCGGCGGGAAGCUGCUGGGAAAGCUUCAGGUGAGCGUGGAUUUUGGGAAGAAUGCCGAGUCCUGUAGGUCGACUGUGUUUCAGAACGGAUGGUUGACUCUCCGGUGCCAGCCGGGCAAACCCGCCGCGAGAAUUCACUUGGCAUGUCGCGCCGAGCCCGAGCCGCGGUUCGUGUUCCAGUUCGACGGCGAGCCCGAGUGCAGCCCCGUUGUUUUCCAGAUCCAGGGCAGCAUCCGGCAGCCGGUCUUCAGCUGCAAGUUCAGCGCUGACCGGAAUUCCCGCUCCCGAUCCCUGCCCUCAGAUUACAACAACGCAUCUUCCUCCAACGGCGCUUGGACCAAAACAUUCUCCACCCGGGAGAGAGAAAAGGCCAGCCGGCGGGAACGAAAGGGAUGGAUGAUAAUGAUCCACGACCUCUCCGGUUCGCCCGUAGCCGCGGCCUCAAUGAUCACCCCGUUCGUCCCUUCACCCGGGUCGGACCGGGUCUCCCGAUCCAACCCCGGGGCCUGGCUGAUCCUCCGACCCCACGGGUUCUCGGUCAGCACGUGGAAGCCGUGGGGCCGGCUCGAGGCGUGGCGGGAGCGCGGCACCGUGGACGGCCUGGGGUACAAGUUCGAGCUGAUGACCGAGAGCAACGGUCGGGUCGCGAUAGCCGAGGGGACCGUCGGGGUGAAGAAGGGCGGGCGGUUCGAAAUUGAUGGGAGGACGGUUCGGGGCUCGGUUUCUCGGUCGGCCUCGGUGAAGGGGUUCGUGAUGGGUUCGACCGUUGAAGGGGAAGGCAAGGUUAGUAAACCCGUGGUUCAGGUUGGGGUUCAGCACGUGACCUGCACGGCCGAUGCGGCUCUGUUUGUGGCGCUAUCCGCUGCGGUCGAUCUCAGCAUGGACGCUUGUAGGUUGUUUUCGAGUAAACUGAGGAAGGACCUUUGUCACGAUGAUCAGGAUGGUUUGUGAAGUAAUCGCGGUAAAUGUUUUUUUUAGUGCGGUGAUGACCAAUAGGGUGGGAGUGGCAGUAAAAAAAAUAUUAACUGUUGGUUUGAGCGAGUGGUUAAUUGUUGGUUUAAUUUUGAUUUUUGGCCUCUUUUCACUGGGUUGAUGAUUGGGAUGAGCUGUAAUUGGGCUUAACUGGCAGGAGGGCCCAUGGAUCGUUUGGUAGAUGGAGGGGGAAAAGAGAGAAGAAGGAAAGGUUAGUUUGUAGCUGGAUUUGGUUGACAUCACACCACCCAAGUCUCCUUGUUGCUUGGUUUUGUGUAGGGGAAUUCUUUUGUUGUUAUUUAUUAAAUCGGUAAUUUUGUA